AUGCUGUUCAUCAGAGUUGGAGCACUAUUUUUUCUAGCUGCCGCUUUCGGGGAUUCCUUGGAUGUGUGCCUGGAUGAGCUGGGAUGUCUGCGAGGAACUAAAAUGCCAGGAUAUCAGAAAGGAGAGUUUGAAGCCUUUAUGGGCAUUCCCUUUGCCCAGCCGCCAGUUGGACCGCUUCGUCUUAAGAAUCCUGUGAAGGCUGAUGCCUGGCAGGGAGUACUCGAUGCUGGAAUGGCAAAGGAUAGCUGUUUGCAGAGAAGCUACUUUGCCAGCGACAGGACAAUAAUGGGAGUGGAGGAUUGUCUCUACCUGAACGUCUACAGGCCCAAGCAAAGAGAUGCAAAACCCCUGCCUGUGAUGGUCUACAUACAUUCGGGUGGUUUCUUUAGUGGCUCUGCCCAUCCGGUGGCCAGUGGACCAGAGUAUCUGAUGGAUACCGGGGAGGUUAUUAUGGUAACAGUUAGCUAUCGCCUUGGACCCUUUGGGUUUCUUAGCACAGGCGAUGAGAAUAUGCCAGGAAAUUUCGGAUUGAAGGAUCAGCGGUUGGCCCUGCAGUGGGUUCAACAGCAUAUAGCGACUUUUGGAGGAGAUCCUCAGAUGGUCACGAUCCUUGGACACAGUGCGGGAGGAAUUUCCGCUCACCUGCACAUGCUGAGUCCAAAUUCUAAAGGACUCUUUCACAAAGCCAUGUCCUUGACCGGCACCAUGUUCAUACCAGCUAUGCACAUCCUCGAGGAUCCUUUAAGUCAAGCCAGACAGCUGGCCAAAGUAAUUGGUAUCGAUCAAGCGGACAGUCUUAGUAGCCAGAAUCUCGCACAAGCAUUCCGAGAAGUAGAUCCUAUGAAGAUCCUUGUUAGUGUGGACAGCUUAAAGAUCUGGGAUAAUCUGCCGCACAUCAUUAAUCAACCCGUUUUGGAAAAGCCAUCGCCUGAAGCCUUUCUAAUCGAAGAUCCUCUGAAAGCCCAUCGGGCUGGUCGUAUCAACCAGGUGCCCUGGGUUAUCAGCCUAAAUUCCCGAGCUGGAGAGGGAGCCUUGAGCUUAUUGCGCUCUUUCACGUGUCCGAAACGUAUGGCCGACUUCAACGGAAAGUUCCUGGAACAUCUGGCUUUGGUGCUCAAUCUUCCUGACGGAACUCCUCCCCAGAUGGUCAGGGAAAUACUGGAUGCCUAUGGAUUUCAGGGGGAGUCUCUGAACAACGAUACACUGCUCACUUUGGCUGAAAUCUCUGGUGAUUUCAACUUUUACUUUCCGAUCUACGAAACAGUUUCAUCGUAUGCCAGCUAUGCCAAUCUUGAAGAGAAUCCACUUUCCAUCUAUAUCUUUGAGUUUUCCGGCCUGCACUCUAUAUCACUAAUGUUCAGUGGUUCCGAGGAGGAUUUUGGCCUGGGAGCAGCUCACAUGGAUGAUGGCCUGCACACCAUAAGGUUACCAGUUCUUUUUGAGGAUUUUCCCAAGGAUUCUGAAGAUGCCAAGGUGGCCCAAAGGAUGACUUCGCUCAUGACGGACUUUGUUAAAACGGGGGUAUUCCAUGAAGGAUCUAUCUGCAAGGCUUCGGAUUUCAAGGAUCUGGGAAUGUGCACCUAUUUACAUUUUGGUGGCAACACUGAAAAGUACCAAGAAGAUAUUCGGAGUAGUAUGAAACUCAACGCUUUUCCCAUAUGGAAAAAAUUAUUUAUGUAAAGAGAUACUUCUCACAAUUCCAUCUGUUAAGGGGUAGCUAAUUUAAGAGUGAGCUACUGAUAAAUAAAUCCCAUUAAUUUGCGAAA